UCCUGAGAAGCGGAGCAACAUGGGACCGCCCUGCCCAGUGACAAUGAGCAGCUCUGCUUCCGAGACCAAUGGUCACCCCCACAGCGUCGCCUCACCCGCAGAACGGGCAUUCUCAUUGCCCAGGAAGACCCCUCUCAGCACUCCUGGCACCCCGAUCCUCGAAGACUUCCCCCAGAACGAUGACGAGAAGGAGCGGAUGCAGCGGCGGCGCUCCAGGGUCUUUGACCUGCAGUUCAGCACAGACUCGCCUCAUUUGCUAGCCUCCCCCUCCAACAGGAGCAUUGAUGGUUCAACUACGAUUCCAAAAUUUACAAACACACAGAUAACAGAGCAUUACUCCACCUGUAUCAAAUUAUCUGCUGAAAAUAAAAUCACCACCAAGAACGCUUUCGGGUUGCACCUGAUUGAUUUCAUGUCAGAGAUUCUCAAACAGAAGGACACCGAACUGACCAACUUUAAAGUAGCUGCCGGUACUUUGGAUGCCAGCACCAAGAUCUACGCUGUGCGUGUAGAUGCUGUUCACGCCGACGUCUAUAGAGUCCUUGGGGGACUGGGCAAAGAUGCUCCCGAGGAAGCAGAGAGCUGUGCUGCAGACAGAAGUGCUGUUGCUGUUGACAUGGGCACAGCCAAAAAGGCGCCAAAGCCAAAAAAGAAGCAUUCUUACAAAACCAUCGAGCAGAAUAUCAACAACCUCAACACCCCAGAAGCAGAUCGAAAGUGUGAGGUGGACCCCAUGUUUCAGAAGACCGCCGCCUCCUUUGAUGAGUGCAGCACAGCAGGAGUGUUCCUCUCCACGCUGCACUGCCACGACUACAGGAGCGAGCUGCUUUUCCCGUCCGACGUGUACACACUCGCCACCGGCCAACCUCUCCAGAUGCCCGAUUUGGGUUUGGUGGAAAUGACAGAUUUAAAAGCCUCCUUGGAGCAGUGUGUGGAAGAUCGCCAGAUCUGCCCUUCCUUGGAUGGCUUCCAGUUUACGAAAUGGGACAGGGAGACGCAUAAUGAGUCUGUGUCAGCCCUGGUAGACAAGUUUAAGAAGAAUGACCAGGUAUUUGACAUCAAUGCAGAGGUGGAGGACAGUGACAGUGGGGACUUCCCUGAUGGCCCCCUGGAGGAUGACUUCGAUGCCAACGAUGAACCCGACCAAACCACAGUUGGGAACCAGGAAGAGUUCCGGAGCUGGAAGGACCCCUGCCAGAUUCAAAGCUGCCAAGAAGAUGUCAUUCCCCUCGGGGAUGGAGACAUUAGGACCAUGUGCCCCCUUCUCUCUAUGAAGCCUGGAGAAUAUUCCUAUUUCAGUCCGCGUACCAUGUCGCUGUGGGCUGGCCCGGAUCACUGGCAUUUUAGACCUCGAUACAAACAGCAUGCCCCCUCCCAGGCAGAGAACAGGAAGAAGAGUACAAAGAAAGACUUUGAAAUUGACUUUGAAGAGGAUAUUGUCUUGGAUGGGUACUUCCAGAAAACAAAGGCUGCUACUACUCUGGCCAAGUCCACUUUGGAAGGCCAGAAUUGGAGAGCCACUACUCUGCCGGCAGAUUUCCACUAUGAGGUCAAGAAUCUCGUCCAGCUCUACCUCAAACCAGGCGUCCAGUUACAUCCUGGGGCCCAGGACCAGAAGGCAGGAACUGAGCAAUAUGAAGAGAUUGAAGACUAUGAUUACAACAACCCUAAUGACACCUCCAACUUCUGCCCUGGGUUGCAGGCUGCUGACAGUGAUUAUGAAGAGCCAGAUAACUUAUUUGUCGGACCAGCUGGGGCCUUUGACCUUACAGCUUACCCUUGCCAAACACCUAAGACCAUGGCAGAGAACAAUGAUGCUCCCGAAACCCAAGACGUAGACAUCACGACCUAUGGGGAGUCCAAUCUGGUAGCGGAGCCUCAGAAGGUAAAUAAGAUUGAAAUUCAGUAUGCCAAGACCGCCAAAAAGAUGGACAUGAAAAAGUUGAAGCAGAGCAUGUGGGGUUUACUGACGAAGUUCUCCAAGCAGCAAGCCGAUGCCGAGGCAAACCACAAUGAAGCGGACAAAGAAGGGGAUCCGGUGGAGGGGGCUGAUGAGCAGCUGUUCAGUGGGAUCACGAAGGACCUCAAGAAGAGCCUGCCUCCCCUCAUGGCUCAGAACCUCUCCAUACCUCUGGCCUUUGCCUGUCUCCUACAUUUAGCCAAUGAAAAGAAUCUAAAGCUGGAAGGAACAGAGGAUCUGUCUGACGUUCUGGUGAGGCAGGGGGAGUGAGGCCCUGCAGAGAGGAUGGCACCGGAGACUCAUCACUUUCACAAGGACCAGGACGCCCGCUGUGGCUGGAGGAUGUGGAAGGCUUGUCGGCAGACUCUAGCCCUCCAUCGAAGUGCUCGCGUGUUCUUUCCUUCUCUGUCACAGCGCUUUGACUCACUGCCCUGGAUCAAAGUUUCUGCCCUGUCAGGACCACUGGGAAGGAG